GAGUGCAAGGCCAAGGCGGCCGCGUCGGCCGUGACGCUGCCCCAGCAGCCCCACACGCGCCUGCACGUCCACGGCCUGGACGAGGGAUCCCUCAAGUCGGUAGAAGACCUGCUGACGUCAGCGGCGGACCGCCGCCGCGCCAAGGCCGCCGCCGCCGCCGCCGCCGCUGCUGCUGCAGCGGCGCAGCAGCAGCAGCAUGCCGCCGCCGCCGCCGCCGCCGGGGGCGGCGGCGGGCCGGGUAGCAACAGGACGGGGACGGCGCGGACGCAUGGGGGCAGCAGGGUGGGCGACGGGACGUCUCGGCGGUCGUGA